AUGUCGGAUCCUGCUCUUCACAAUCCCCCAUCGAGCAAUCCGCGAUGCGAAGAGUCAAAAAGUCCCGCAACGGCUGCGCCAGAUGCAAAAGUAAACGGUCCGGGCGCUUUAUCAGAUGGCAGAGUUGAGAGUCCAGAGGCGUCGGCGAAACCGGCCAGACAGCCGUCACAGCAGGCAGACAAUGCAUUGCCGCUAGAUGACGCUAAUGCUGGCCAGUCACAAAAUCUGGAUUCGUCAAACUUUGGUCUCGAUGCACCGAAUGGAUUCUGUGAUCAUCUCUGGGAUCUACCUGGUAAUGGAUCACUGCCCGAAUUGACGGAUCUAUGCCCGCCUUCGCCGAUGACGGCCUCGGUAUCGGCCUUUUCACAGCAUCGCGACUCAGUAUAUGACUUUGGGUCAUCGGGUGAUACUGCAGCUGAUCUAUCCCGUUUUCUAUCCUUGAUAGGACCACCACAACGCGAAGAGAACGGUGGCAACAAUAACAGCAAUGGCAAUGGCAAUGGCAGCGUAUAUCGAGACUUUUCGCCCUCGGCUAUUGUCCGUAGCUAUCCCCCUUCAUCGCAGACACAACGGUCCUCAUCGCGUGACUUUGCAACUAUAUCUCGAUCCUUGAACAACCCUUCAUGGACACUAAUCGAGUACUACUUCAAAGAGGUCGCUGCCCUCUUUUCCAGCUAUGACAGUCAAAUGAAUCCAUUCCGCACGACAGUGUCCCGCCUAUGGGGCUCAUCACUAGCAAUGUGCCGUACGAUGCAAAGCAUGGCCGCCGCAACACUAGUCAACGAUUUCCCACAAUUCGGUCCGAUGGGUCGAAAAAUGCGUGACGAAGCUGUUGAAAUCAUCACUCGCGAAGCAGUCAUGGAUGACAAGGCUCUGCUCGCAUUACUCAUGCUAGGCCAAACAGCCAGCUGGCACGACCCCAAGGAUCUGGGGAUAUCUUUCUUCAACCUGCUUCGCAAACAGGUCAACUCGUUGGCCUCGUCAUCGAACAGUCCCAACUUCGGCUUCGUCAAAAAUGUCAGCAACAAUUACCGCUUUUUCGAAGAAGCUCUGAUAUACUGGGAAAUGCUCCUCUCCUUCGUCACGGAUAACGAUUCAAUGGUCUUCUCUGACAACUCUCGCGCCUCGUCAAUGGGCGAAGCACUCGUCCUCCAACGAAUACCACACCCAUGGACCGGCAUCGCCCGAGAUACGCAAUUCACCGUCCACGAAGUAGGCCGAUUAGUCCGUCGCGAACGUAAACGCAUUCGCGCCCGACAAUUCACCUCGCAGGAUGAAAUCGCCCGCGCACAGAUGGCUAUCAAAAAGGCGCAGGAACUGGAAGAACGACUCCUGGGUCUCGCUCAUCCCUCCGAGUCCGAGAUCGUCAGCCCCGGUGACGAAGAAACGCCCGUUUGGCAUCUUCUCACUAUGGCAGAGGUAUACCGCUGCACGGGGCUGAUGCAGUUAUACCGCGUCUUCCCAGAUCUUCUGCGCAAUCGACUCCCGAAUCCAGAUGCAGCGCAGUAUCCUGGUACGGGGUCGAGUGCUCGAGACCCGUUCUUCCCCAUCGACCUGGACAGUAUGAACAUGUUCCCCGGGUUCGGCGAGAGCAAUACAACUCCCACGGCGAAUAAUAACACCAAUUCGUCAAAUACACAAUACACCCCGUCCUCCCCUUCCCACUCUCAACAUCCUACAUCCUCGGAACCCUCCAACCAAGAUCUGCAUGAUAAAUGGCUCACCGAAUUCGCCGUAACAACUCUCUCCCGCCUAAAAACCAUCCCCAUCGAAUCCCGUACCCGCUGUCUCCAACCUUUCCUCCUCGUCGCCGCAUGCAGUGAACUCCGUCUUCCGCGACCAUCGUCAGACUCCCUUCCCACCGGCAAUGCACAGCAACAACACAACUCCAACGAGAACGCUGCCGCCGACGCCGAUGCUGAAGGAACGGGCACUGAAACACCUAGUAUCUCGAUGGAAGCUAUCGAAGUCUCGCGUACACGCCGCUUCAUACUAGGCCGACUGACCUCGUUCUUGCAUGUGUUGCCGCCGAAACCGAUUAAUGUUUGUGUCAGGCUUGUGAAGGAGGUUUGGAGGCGGAUGGAUGCGGGGCAGGCGGACACUUAUUGGAUUGAUGUUAUGAUUGAGAAGGGGUGGGAGACAACGAUGGGGUAG